AUGUCAUUAGAAUUGUUUGGUACAUUCGAAUCUAAUUUAUUAGAUAAUCAUUCAAAUGACGACAAGAGAAAUAAUAACAUAGAGGUACUGAUAUCUAAUACCUAUCUUAAGAAACAAAAGCUAUCAUCUACAACCAACCAAUUUGCUUUAUUAAUAUCAGUUACUCUUGCAAAAUCGAUAUUAAAUAAUAAUAAUAAAGAAGAUAAUCAAGAUAAUCAACAACAAAUCGAUAAUAAUAAUAAUAAACAACAACAAGAUAAAAUAAUAUUAAUAGAACUUAAACCAUGUAAAUUUACAUCGUCGUCAAACAACUUUAAUGAAGCAUCGUUACCUCAUUGGAUGUUGUUAGAAUUCAACAAAAACAACAAUAAUAGCACCGAUAAUGAUGAUAGAUUAUAUAAGAUUGAAAUAAUACCGUUAUAUAGUCAUAUCAAUCAGAUUACAAACCAAGCAGAGAAACAACAACUCUAUUGUUCAAAUAAUACAGAGAUUGUUAUUGAAUCAUUAGACAGUUGUUCACCUCUUCUAGAUAUCAAUCAAUUCAACAAUAUAGAGAAUCAUUUAAGAUUAUAUCUAUCUGAUAAACCUAUUAUAUUAGAAUCUACAUUUAGAAUAUCAAUAAAUAAUAGAUUAUAUCGAUUCAAAAUUAAAGAUAUAAAUAAUCAAUUAUUAGAUACACUUUUAUAUUUUCCAAAUGCAACAACUUUAUCAUCAUCAUCAACAUCUCGAUACAAGCUAACUUUUGUUAAUAAUAAUAUUAGUAAAGAUAAUAAUAGUAAUGAUAAUAAUAAUAAUAAUAAUAAUAAUGGUAAUAGUAGUAAUAUUAAAGAUGAUUUAAAAUCAGAGAUAGAAUCAAUUCAGUCUUUAUUAAAAUUAAAGAAAGAAAUAGGUAGUUUAAAUCUUUGUAUGAAAGGUAUAUUGAUAUCUGGUGCACCUGGAACACAGAUAUCAGAGUUGGCAAGAUAUAUAUGUAAAGAUAAGAGUGUCAUUCAUUUGAAUUCAAAAUCAUUUUCAUCGACUUUAAACUUUCCAAUAGUAGAUAGUAAUAGUAGUAAUGGUAAUAGUAAUCAAGUUAUUUAUUUGUUUGAGAAUAUAGAGAGUAUCGGUAGUAGAGUGAAUGAAAGUAAUGAUACUACCAAUCAUGCAUUACUCAGACUAUGCAAUUUCAUUGAUAACCGUAUCAGUAGCGAUCACCUCUUACUCGCAACAACAUCGAACCUAUCGAGUGUCGACCAAUCAUUAUUACGUGCCGGCAGAUUAGAUAAGAUAAUAUCAUUACCAAUACCAUCACAAUCAUCAAGACAAUUAAUAUUACAAUCGAUUCUAUCAAAUACAUCGAUAAUAUUUGAUGAUGACGAAAAGGCGAUAGAGAAAGAGAAACAAAAAGUAAAAGUAGAAGAAGUAGAUGAUAAACUAAAGGUUAUUCAACAGUUAGCAAGGAAAACACCUGGUUUCGUUUAUCAAGAUCUAAAAAAGCUAUGUAUAGCUGCUGCUUUAAAUUCAAUUGAGAGACAGGUAGAUGGUGAAGAUGGUUGUUAUUUGACGAUGAAAGAUUUCGAUGAUGCUUUACUCAAUGUUAGAGCAUCGAAUCUUAUGCAUUUCGAUGUGGAACUACCUAAUGUCGCUUGGGAAUCGGUCGGUGGCUACGAAAAGAUCAAACAACGCUUCAAAGAACUUAUAGAAUGGCCACUACUUCACGGUGACACAUUCCAACGAUUGGCAUUGACACACGGUGCAUCCUCUGGUGUAUUACUACACGGUCCAUCUGGUUGUGGUAAAACUCUACUGGUCAAAGCUGUUGCAACCAAAAUGAAUGUAAACUUUAUAUCAAUCAAAGGUUCUGAUAUAUAUUCGAAAUGGUUAGGUGAAAGUGAGAGAAUUAUUAGAGAUAUCUUUGAAAGAGCAAGAUUAAGUGCACCUUGUAUUCUGUUCUUUGAUGAGAUAGAUUCUUUGGGUUUGGCUAGAAGUGUUGGUGGUGAAGAUGGUGGCGGUGGACAAAACCGAAUUAUUACACAGCUGCUUAAUGAAAUGGAUGGUAUUCAAACGAAAUCAAAGUUGUUUUUGAUCGGUUGUACUACUCGUGCCGAUCUACUGGAUGCAGGUCUGGUUCGACCCGGCCGUUUGGAGACACAGAUCUACGUUGGACUGCCUACGGCCGACGAUCGUCGUGCCAUCCUUCAAUCGGUCAUAAUGAAACGCAUGAAAUUCGACCACGACGUAGAUAUCGACUCUAUCAUAACGAAAACCGAAGGAUUCACCUGUGCUCAACUCAUUACACUUUGUAACGAUGCCGGUAUCAACGCACUCAAAGAGAACAUCAACAGUAAAACAAUUAAGAAUAAACAUUUUAUUAUUAAUUAA